AUGAUCAUCAGAUCUCCAUUGCCUGAUCUUGACAUUCCAAAGGCAUGGACGAAAUCAGUUGAUAUUCUUACCUACCUCUUUCCCGAUGGUCAGCCUGUAUCAGACGAGCCAGUAUGGAUCGACGCAGCAAAGCCGUCUAACAACCUGAGUCCAAAAGAACUGCUGUUAUGGGUGAAGCGACUAGCUUUAGGCCUGGAUCGACUCGGAAUCAAGGAAGGCGAUAUUGUGAUGCUCUACUCGCCGAACAACAUCUUCGUGCCUGUAGCAUAUCUCGGGAUAGUCGGCAGCUGUCGAGCUUUCAGCGCCGCGAAUCCGAUCUACACCGUAGCAGAGGUGACACAUCAGCUGAAAAAUACUGGAGCAGUAUGCAUCCUGGCGCAUCCAAGUAUGGUGGAGAACGCAGUGGCGGCAGCAAAGGCAGCUGGCCUGCCCAAAAACCGGAUCUUUCAAUUUGACGACAAGCCAUGUCAGCCCUUCGCAGGUGUGAAGGAUUGGCGUCAGAUGAUGGCAAGCGUGCAAGAUGCUGAGGGCUAUCAAUGGAAGAAACUCCACGGCGAGGAGUCAGUCCGAACAGUUGCUACGAUAAAUUACAGCUCGGGUACGACUGGCUUGCCCAAAGGUGUAUGCGUCAGCCACCACAACCUGAUCGCAAACGUAGCGCAGACAAUCAACAUCAGAUGGCCGAAGCUAGACUUCCAGCGGGGUGAGAAACCGCAAGGAGAGCGAUGGGUUGGCUUCCUACCUCUAUAUCACGCAUAUGGCCAGCUGUACGUCAAUCUCAUGGCCACUAAGUGCGACAUACCGGUAUACGUCAUGCAGCAAUUCGUCUACAGCGAUUUUCUUCAGCAUAUCCAGGACUACAAGAUCACUCAUCUACAAGUUGCGCCGCCGAUCAUGGUAAUGCUCACCAAGCGACCCGAAACGAAGAAUUACGACCUCAGCAGUCUUAAAGGUAUGCUUUGCGGAGCGGCACCCUUGUCAAAAGAGCUCCAGAAUCACGUCCAGCGCGACUUCAACGUAGAGGUGAAGCAGGGCUGGGGCAUGACAGAAGUGACUUGUGGGUCAUUACUACAGCGCGAGGCGUCAGAUAGUGGUACAGUGGGAGAGCUGAUCGCGAAUACCGAGUGCAAACUUCUAGAUGACGACGGCAAUGAGGUUGGCUACGACACGCCAGGCGAGAUGUACAUACGCGCGCCAAAUGUGUGCCUAGGAUACUUCAAGAACGAUGCUGCGACGAAGGACUCGAUCAGUCCCGAUGGUUGGCUGAAGACUGGAGACGUGGCUAUCGUCAACAAGCAGGGGCUGUUCUGGAUCGUGGAUCGAAAGAAGGAGGCAAGUCUUACUAGAACUACAAUGUCUGAUCUGAUCAAGGUCAACGCUCUGCAAGUUGCCCCAGCAGAGCUCGAAGCUGUGCUGCUUGAGCACGACGACAUAGCAGACGCAGCUGUAGUUGGCAUCACUUUGCAUGAUGAGGAAUGGCCUCGUGCAUACGUAGCGCUCAAGGACCAUGCAAAGGGCAAGCUCACUGCGAAGGACAUACAGCAAUGGAUGAAGCCAAAGGUAGCGAAACACAAGCAGCUCGUAGGAGGCAUAGCGUUUGUGGAUGAAGUACCAAAACUUGCAUCUGGUAAGAUACAGCGGAAAGUGAUGCGUGAAUGGGCGAAGAGGGAUGCUCCGGGGAUAGAGCGCGAGUUCAAUAAUCUGCGAGCGAGAUUGUAG